AGCCAGCGUGCUUACAGGGACUACUUGGAGUGCAAGCACCGAUGAACAAAGGCAUAUAACGACAAGAUCACACAAAGCUACGACGUCACUCGCUUGAUUGUCAAUAAAGCAUGCCAUAAUGUUCUCGUUGUCUCAGCUAUAUCUACAGUCCCGAUUGCUAUAUCCAUCAUCUAAAUACGGAUGUUAGUUCUAGUCUCCCAAUCAACACGGACAUAGCCUUGCUGUAGGCUCGAAUAUAGCUUGAUCCGUAUAUAGAAUUCAGUGCCUAUAUCUGUCUGGGCACUGGGAUAGACGGGAUAAAUAGCUUGCGCUUAUACAGGUUGUGCCGCCUUUGCUUUCAACUUCGCUAUAAGACACCAUGUCGGACGCUGUCUCCAUUAGAUCCACGCGCAGUGCACCUCCAAGUUAUAGUGUUGCGCUUCGACAUUCAAUACAGGAGGAAGAAGAACCCCCAAGAGUUGUACCGGAAGCACCAUUGGUAGUGUUAGCGCCCCCAACCAAUCUGUCGACUGAUACUCUUGUUGAAGCCACCGCGAGAGGUCCAUUCACAUUUUCACCCUUUGGUCCAAACUCUAUGCUACUUUUGCCCCACGCUCUCUCUUCAAAUUCACGUCCUCUAUAUCACAUCUCUGUCUCGAACGACUGUUUCAGACCUCAGAUAUACACCACAACUAUCCGCAGAGGAACAGAACAAGACGGUCCAUAUUACACAAUGAUGGAUAUCGCGGGACUGUUGAAUACAGAGGGUCAAUGCGGCCUAAGAUGGCUUAUCUUGACGAUGUACAUUUUCAAAGGGGAGACCGCGAAAUGGUAAAUGCGAUUUGACUGGCGUUUUAACAAGGACAUGCCUCUCGUGUGGAAAGUAAAUUGUUCGGGAAAAAAAGU